AAAAGAUUGAUUAGACGCAAUUAAGGAGCGCAGGUAGUACUCAGUCCAAUCAGUCCCUUCGGUACGAGUACUUUUAUUCUAAUAUCAGUCAAAUAGUACAUCCAUGAAAUUAGAAGUUUCAAUUUUUAAUCUAUGGAGCGAAGAAAAAAUGACCGAAUGGUUGAGCCACAGAAUUAUAUAAAGAACGACAAAGCGAAUGAGGUUUAUAUCAUUGUUACCAUAUCGAAUAAUUUAAAAUUCCUACCAUUCAAUAAACUUUAAAAAAAUGAUAUUUUUUUCUUGUAUGUUUCUUUAAUUAAGCUUUCUUCGCUCAUACUCACAAAAUUAUAUAAAAAUAUUACAAUAAAUAAACAUGAAUUCUCUGUUUUUUAAUUUAUUUUAAAUAUAAAAGUAAUAGUUAACGAGACGCCUGUGUACUUAUAAAAUCUAAACUUUGAUAUCCAAAUCUUAUAACAAUGUUAUUUUCAUUGUUAACUUAAUUAUGCACCUCACCUCACGAUAAAUAUUAAAUAAUUUUCUCUUUGAGAGAGAUCAAUAAAGUUAAAGUGUAAACAUUCUAAGUAAAUGCCGUUGUUUUAAUAUACUAUGGACUUUUAAUUUAUUAUGUGCGUUUCAUUUCAUGAACCGCUCAUGCGCCCUUCGUUUCCAGUCAUCAUAAAUAAAAUAAUACAACUUUGUAGAAUACGUACCUACUAACCUAACCAUCGAGUUGUGUAGCUGGGUAGGAAGGAAUCUCGUAAAAAAACAAUGAACCUUGCGUGUGUGUGUGUCUACUUGAGAAUGCUACGAACGGAAAAGAUUGAUGUAUUUGUUAGGUUGUAGGCGGUUAAUGCACUCUGCAAGCAAGAUUUUAUUUUGCCUUUUUCUGAGAUAAAAAUUUAAGAAAUAACAAAGAAACUGUCUAUUUCAAUGCGAAUUAUUGAAGUUGUUAAGAUAAAUAUGUAAAAAAAAGAUUAAGAAUAUAAAAUUUGAAUUGUAAACAUAUUUAAUUAAAUAUUUUAUCAAUAAGGAAAUAAUAAUGUAACCGGGGUUUUUUUUAUGUAUGAAUUACUUUAUUCACUACUACUGCGCCUAUAAUUUCAAUAAUAUAAUGUAGAAACAUUCUCGCUCGGAAUGUAUGUACGCUGUCUAUAAUACAAUAAAGUUGUAUAUUAAUUACGGUAUAAUAAAGCAUGCGGGGGACGAGGGGGCGCGCCGCGCUCUCAUAUUCCGUAUAUUGAUUGUGUGCGAGGGGGCCGGGGCAAGGAGGGGGCCACAGCGUGCCCCACUCUGUUUUUUACGACACGGCUUUCUGUGUAACAUAAUUAUUGUAUUUAAUUUUGUGAAAUGUUUCGGUGUUAUUUGUGAAAAAUCGGGAAGUCGGAAACGCAAAUUCGAGAUGCAGGGGCUGGUGAGCGAUAAGACGUUCCACUUGAAGUGGAACAACCACCUGCAGAACUUAAGCCAGCUGUUCUCAACCAUCUAUUCGUCGUCGGCGCUGGCCGAUGUGACGCUCUCCUGCCGCGACGGCACCCUCAAGGCGCACAAACUAGUGCUCUCAGCAUGCAGCCCGUACUUCGAACAAAUAUUCAAGGACAAUCCAUGUCAACAUCCAAUAGUUAUCCUGAAAGGAAUUCCUUUCUCGGAGAUAAAUCUCCUUGUGGAGUUCAUGUACAAGGGGUCUGUGGAUGUUCAAGAGUUAGACCUACAGUCAUUGAUGCACACAGCAUCAGAGCUGGAAAUAAGGGGGCUGGCAUACGAAGCUCGCGACAAUGCAGCCCAAAUGUUGAAUGUCAACUUGGAAUACCCGUCGUACCCGCCUCAGACUCAAGUCACAUCCCACCAAAACUUCCCGCAAUCUAGAACUGAUGUCGAGCGAUUGAAGCAGAUCCAUUUAUACCAGCAAUCAAUGAUGCGUGCUGAAGAGAUUCGGCGGCGGCGUCGCGACGAUAACCCUGGCACGCACACAGCGGUGAACAAUAUCCUGGCCGCCGCCGCCAGGGAGAUGGAGGAGGCCCGCCACGCCGCCAGGAGUGACAGGGUCGUCGCCAGCAUACAGACCGAACAGGAAGCAGCAGCUGCCGCGGCCGCAGCUGCAGCCGCUGCCGCAUCCGCCUCCGCCUCCACCACCAUAUCGGCGGUAUCAUCCUCCGUGUCCGCCACUGAGAUCAAGCGCGAGAUCGAGGACGACCGCCCCAAGAAACGCACCUCCAUCAUGUCGCCGGACGACGACAAACUGCGCGCCAAGAAGAAGAUGACGGUCCGCUUUCAGGACGAUAGCAAGAUGGAAGAACGCGAGCGGCCCAACAAGAUCACUUCCCCUGGCGCUCCCAAUAGCGACUCAGGCAGGGAGGAGACCAACAAAACUGGGAGCAUUAAAGUAGUUCAGCUGUCUGUACUGCAGAAGAGCACCAACAACGAGCAUGACGAUUCAGAUGGUGAGGUCGAUGAAUUGGCAGAGAAACCGGGCAACAAGCACAACCUGGAGGACGACGAAGAGACCGACUCCAGCGGUUCAGUGUCGGACUCGGCUGUCAACGAUUCGCAGGAAGGCCGGCCGCAUGUUUGCGACGUGUGCGACUUGAGGUUCCAACGCUCGUCGCACUUGUCCCGCCACAAGCUGACCCACACGGGCGAGCGGCCCUUCACGUGCGGCGGCUGCGGCCGAUCUUUCGCGCGCUCCGACAAGCUGCGCGUGCACACCAAGAUAUGCGAGCGGGAGGACCCCACCGUGGACAUGACCAACGACCCUAUAACCAAACGCGAGAAUAGUUCGGAAGUGAUGUCCGGCAUGGUGAGGAGCACGCAUCGCGAGUCUGGCCACCUGGUGUUUACCGCCAGUGGGGACGUGAUGCUGCCUCCGAGGGCGCCAGUGCUCCUCAACUCGGGCUUAGAACCUGUCCGCAACGAGCUCGCACAAGGCGACCUGAUGGAAACCGUGACUCCUCGCCGGGGUAGAGGCCGUCCGCGCAAGACUCCUUUGCCUCUCACGCCCAAGAUCAAGAAGAAGCGAGGCCGCCCGCCCAAGACUUCGCUCGCCGAUGACGUCAAGCCGGCGUGUGACGUCAAGCCGGCGUGUGACGUCAAGCCGGCGUGUGACGUCACGCUGGUGAGUGACGUCACGACGGCGGGCGCCGACUACAAUCCUGCGAGUGACGUUUCGGAGGAGAUUGACGUCACGGGACCCGUGCUCGGGCUCAUAGACCCGAUAGAAGUGCCCGAAGACCUACUGGUUCCGCUGCCGGUGCGCAGGCCCCGAGGCCGGCCCAGGAAGCACCCGCCCCGUAUCAUACCCCUGGUCCCGAGAAAACGGGGCCGGCCGCCCAAGAUACGCGAUACCAAUAUGGAGGGCUGCGUGCUGACUGGUGGAACAGUAAUGGGGAGUGGAGGAGGACUCCCCCACCUGACGCCUACCGGGCAGCAGCUGCUUCUGAAGAGGAAGAGGGGCCGCCCGCCAAAGAACUAUUUCAUGCCCAAACCUGACGGACGCCCCAACGAGAACUACAACGCGACCAAUCUGCCAUUCGGCGACUUCUCCUACCUGACCGAGAUGAUUUACAACCCCCUAUCGUACAAUUACGGCGUGACCAGCGUUGACCCGGACCGCAACGUAGACGCCGACCAAACGAUGACCUCUGAAGCGUCGCACGACCGGACGAUCGACGUGUCCGACUCCUCGUCCGAAGACGACGACAGUACCAAAGUCGAACCGGAGGAGAACGUGCCUCCGGUUGCCAUGGAAACGCAGAUCAUGACCGUCGGAGACUGCCAGAUAGUGAAGCUGCCGCCCACCAACGAGGAGAAAGAGGAGAAGACAGAACCACCCCCGGAGACCCAACCGCCGGCCGUUUCCACCCCCAGCUCGGUGACUAUAACCCCAAUUACCACAGUCGGCGAUUGCACCAUCAGACCCGUAGAGAACACCUAAUACGAUUGGGUCAUUGUCUACCCCGUGCUUGUUCGAGAUUAGGAUGUUCCGAUCUUACUAGAUGGACUGGUCUCCCCCUUUGUUGUUUAAUAGAAAAUCAAGUUUGAACUUGUCGAAUUCACAGUCACAUUUGUACCCAGUGUUUAUUUUUAAUAUGUCAACAAUUUACCACUCUAGUGAAAACUAACUCUGUGAAUGUUGAUUUUGAAACAAUCGGUUUUGAUAUUUUGCGGGAGAUCAUAGGCUUUCGAAGAUAAGGGGUAGACACAUGGCGGGCUAUGGCUACAUUAAAAAAAAACACUCAAUCAUUAUUGUGGUAGCAUUCACUGCGCCUCUGGUGCGCGGAAACCUGCGGUGUUUCUAUGAGAAAUGUUUCUAUGAAAAUGGCCUUGCAUAUUAUGGUGUCACUAUACUAUUAUUGGGUGUUAGAAUGUCUUCCUUUAAGAGCGUGAGAACUAAUGUUUGCUACUACAAUGAUUCGCAACAUCGCUUUAAUUGAACGUUCGACCGCUGCCGCGUCGUAUGUGCGUCGAUAUGAAAUUAUGCAUUUAGAUUGGUGGUGAAAUAAAUGUUAUUUAUUAAAAAACUUGAUACUUGUGUAUCGUGCGCCAUAAGCUUUACAUGUUUUAACCGUGAUACUCAGUGUUAACAAUUUAUGUCUGAACAAAAAAUAUUGAUGUCACAAUUUACGGCAAUGUUCUAUGUGUUAAUUAAUCGUGUCGUAUAUAGCAGCCCAUCUAGGUGGAUAUCUGCCAAAUGAUCUCAACGCAUUUUAACAAAUUGAAUCGUAAGGUUAGUAAGAGAUAAUAUUCAUCACAAAACAUAUAAAUAUUCUCUUGUGUAUUUAAUAUUCAGAUGUAAUUUUCUUUUGUUCUAUUUUAAUAGUGUCUGCGUAGUGGAAGCCACAUAGUUAUUAAAGUUUUCCCUCAGAGAUCUUAUCGGUGUUGACAUAAUCUAAAUUAUAGAGUAUCCAUUCGAUUUUCACGUAGAACAUUGUAUGCCAUAGACUUGUAGAAAUUUAAUGGGGACGAUGACGAGGUUAAUUAAACGAAAUCAUAUUUAGUCUGUCAGAAUAUAAAAAAAUAACAGACACUUAUUUUUUAUUUUGUGAAUCAACUAAAAAAUGACGUGGAUAAAAUGACAAUUAUUAAAAAAAAUACAUGGUUUGGAAUUGGGUUUCGUGACGUCACUUCUACGUAAACAUUUAUGAAAAAAAUGAAUCGACAAUCUCUGUAAUGUUUUGAUUAUGUGAGUAAAGAAAAAAUACGUGUCCAAUACUUUAUGAUAAUCUACCAUAUAUAUGAAAAAAACCUUAGGCAUCGUCCCUAUUGUAAACGCUGCGGCACACCAAUUGCAUGUUGUAUUAAUACGGUUAAUAUCUUUACAUAAGUUCUGAUAGAGGAAAACAACGUAACGCUGUACGUAACCAACGACAACAUACGAAUGAGAAAAAUGAACUAAAGAAAUAAUGAUAAAGUUUUUUUUACUUCGUCAGUUUUGUCAGCUGAUCGUUCCAUACCUUAAGUUAUUAUGUGGACUGUAUACGUAGUUGAAAGAUAUCCGACAAAAGAAGUUUCAGCUAUCAUUUAUAUAGGUUCGAGUAUUAAUGUAGAUAUUUAAGAGGGCGUUUUAUCCCAUGCAGAUAGUGAAAGCCAAUCAGAGGAUACGGAAACUUCGGAAAACCAGUUUUGGGUGUAUUCCGAAUUAUACAUCAGUAUACUGGCCAGUGGUUAUGAAGUCACGAAUCCGACGCCAUAUUGUACUGGUAUGCUACCAUAUUUUUAGCGGGAAAACGAAUAUGACGUAUGACCGAGCGUGCGUGAGACACAUUCAAAUUUUAUUUCUUUUUUAUUUAAAGAACAAUAAUGGCAUCUGUACUAAAAGAAUUCUUUUUAAUUGAUGAGGUGAAUAAAAAAUCUUCUUUAUUCGCACUAUUUUUAAUAUUUCGGCGAUUUAUGACGUCAAUGCACUGGCCAGUAUAUUUCGGAACAAUUCACCAGUAUAGCGUUGAUUCAUGACGUCAUUAGCGCUGGCCAGUAUACUGGUAUAUAUUACGGAAUACACCCUUGGUUGUACGACCCCCGCCCCUUGCUUAUUUGACUAACUAAAUUUUUGUUUCACCUAUUGACUGUAUGAAUUUAGCGAGUGUUCAACGUGGUCCUUGCUUUUGUUGUUUAUUUUUGUGCAAUAGAUUAAUAGAAGAUAACCUAUCUGGAAUUGCGGGUAGGCCCUGAUUACGACAUUCAACGUUUUGUCAUUUUAUUUUUUGUAACCUUCGACAUCCAUUCGGUGUGCCAUGGCGUUUGCUAAAGGCAGCGUAUUUACGACGUUAAGCGUCGAGUUAACUAAUUAGGUAUUAUAAUACGAUAUUUGUAAUCGAUUGUGCACUGUGACAGAAAUGCCUUUUGAUUUUACUUCGGACGGCAUUAUGGGCGGCAGAUGAUCUGAGUUUUACUAGAAGCCGCCCGCCGUCGCUCGGUAACCACCGCAUAUGGUGUCACUACAAAUUGCAAUCUAAGCUAAAAGAAUCCCUAAAAUGUAUGAAUUAAUUUGAUAUGGAGGCUUUUAUCAUAAUAAUAUCCGAUGCGGUUAAACUUGCACCAUAGAUUCAGUAUGUGAUUCUUGAUCUUACGAAUCUUACGCGUUUGGUAAUAAGUUAAAUAUAUAUAUAUUGAAGUAUUACCAUUUGGUUAUUUGUAAUUAGUGUAACUGCGAUAUAAUUAAUUACCUUAAAGAUCAUUUUAGGAAUUCUUCUCCCUUCGCUUGCAAUUUGAAUUGACGCAAAGGAGUCUCCAUAUACUUGGGCAUUUUUUCGUCGCUCCACCAAUUUCUAUUAGCUAGAAACUUCGCUUCGUAGAUUGAAAUUACGUCAGUAAACCAAUGCUUUGCUAUCUCGCUAUAGAACACGAAGUUUCUAUACAAUAGAGAAGGAUAGAGCUACACAAUAGUAAAGACUCUGCAAUUAGCAUCUGAUUGGCUGUCUAUUACGUUAAGUUCAAAUUAUUUUUAUAGUAAGCUAAUGUAUAUGGUACGACAAUCGUUGUGUAGUUUAAGUAUACACGCUAUUUCGCCUUUUCCAUGUUCUUGUAUCAAUCUCUGUGAAUACUAGAUCGUAGAUUGUAGUGUCUUAGAUAAAAAUGAAUAAAAACUUAAUAUUCUAAAUAUAACAAACUCGGCAACACCACACGAACAAGUGAUACGACGUAAGUUUAUUUAUAGCAGACAAAAUAAUUGUAUUGUCAUAAUAGUAUGCGUACUCGUACUAACAUAUAUUUCUCUAAUCGUUUUGCCUUAAAAGCAAUGGUUAACGUAUCGUAGUGUUAUAUCUCAUAAUAUGUUAAUGAAAUAUACCUACAUGUAGACAUAACGCAAUACAAUAUGAUACUUAUAUAUAUAUAUAAACCCCAUAAGGUCUGACAGCUAUGGCCGCGUGGUGGCGCUGUAAGACAGCCCGCGGCGGCUAGUAAUUUUAAUCAUAUUUUUAUAGAGAAGCCAUUUAGUUCCUUAUUUUUACUGUAAAAUCACAAAUAAGUGUCCGGAUCGAAUUAAUCAUUAUAGUUAUUUGAAUACGGUUUAAUUAACUACUCAUAGGAGAAAUGCGUCUUUUUAAAGUAUUAUAAUAAUAUGAGCUACUAAUAUCCAAGAUUAUUUUCCUUAUCGUCUGUACAGUAGAAUAGUUCCUAACUUGUAAUCGAUACGAAAUAUAAUCCAUUACAUAAUAGUGUAGUAGCGAUGACGUAAAUUAAUUUCUCUUUUAAUCAUUUUAGAAUUAAGGUGCCUAUCAUUAUAUCAUUUUAAUUCGAUCAAAAUUUAGUUAUUAAAUAUUAUUAUUUUCUUAGUAUUUUCACCUAUUAGUGAUAUGAAUUCGAAUCGUUUGUAAGUAUCAAAUGACGUUGAAAUAUAGUUUUUUCAUAUUUUAAUUGAAGACUGCUCGGAUCCGUAUGUUAUUUCCUGUUCGAUCGCCUAUAGUUGUGUCGUUAAGGUAGCCCACAGAGGCGUUCAUGAGUCUCAGACGGCAAGCUAAGCUUCUUGAGAAUUAUUUAAUAUAGGAAUCUGUAUUUUUAUAAUGGUAGUGAGCUAAGUUGACUAAACGCGAUACAGUUACUCUCAUAUAUAACGUAGCGAACAUGUAUGCAGUUAGUUUUAGUGAUACGCGUUAAUUUGCUUGACGCGUCCGUUUGGCUCUGUUCUCGUUAAGUUUCCUGUACCCGCGUAGAAGCAGACGCAUCGACAUUCCCCUUGGAGAUAGCGCCCAUCGAAUAGGCAAUUAUUUGCUUAAAUUGAUCCUGUCAUCGAGAAAAUAAUCUUGUAAUAUAAACGAAUCGUAACGCUUCCAUUUUAAUCUUAUAUUGUUGUUUAUCAUCACAAUCGUUCUCGUGUAUUAGUAUUUACCACUUUGGUUACUUGUAAUCGAAAAUUUACAAGUUGUUUCUCUACCGGAUGCUGUGUCGACGCGUCGCUUGUACGAUCUCCUCUUUUUACGGAAAUAUACAAUAAGUUUUAUUUAUUUCGGGUUGUUUGUGCGCACGCGGCUGAUUAUAUAUACGUUUCGUUUGCAUUUAUGUUUAAUAUUCUGUUUGUCUCUUUGAUUUGAAAAUUAAUAUUUCAAAACUGCCUACUGCACAGCUUAAUACGUCUCAUAUAUUGAAGCCAUUUGGUUAUGUAGUCGUCUCAGUACAUUUGUUUCUUAUCACAAAUAUUUUUUCUUGCCCAUAGUCCAUCUCGCUAAAUCGACAUUAGGGGUAAACAUAUUUUUGUCCCAACAUGUUUAUAAUAAAGACUUCCAGGGGGCCAUUCGCCUAACGGAAAUGCUUUGGAAAACGCUAACGCUUACGAUUUCAGUUUGUUAUUUCUAGCCGCCUGAGGUUUUCAAAUGCCUCGCGCCCUUUUUUUUUCUUUUGCAUUGGUAAUAACAAUAUUAAAAAAAAUGAGCGUGAGGUAUUUGAAAACCUUCGGCGGUCAGAAAUAACAAAAUAAAAUCGAAAGCGUUAGCGUUUUCCAAAGCAUUUUCGUUAGGCGAAUGGCCCCCAGAAAACUACUCAGUUAAAAAGACACGCACAUCUUUUGAGCGAAAAUAAGAGAAAUGAUCCUUUUCAUUAAGGUAGUAAGGUGUAAUUUCUCGUAUUUGUUAACGGGCAAGUUCACCUUUACUUUCUUAUUAAUAAAGAUUAUAGUUGCUGUCUUUAUCAGCAGUUAAAAAAUACUAUGUAGUGUGGAGUGCUGGCAAGAAAAAUACCUUUGGAACUGUUUAGAUGGGAAUUUGAAUAUUAUUGUCAUUUCUAAUCAAAAUACAUAUACUUUAACUGAAAUAAAGAUCUGCCGAAUGCGUAGAUUUACGACUUUUACUGUGUAACAAAUUUAAUCGCAUGAUAUAUGUAUUUUUAAUCAUAAAUUUAUAAAUUAUAAUCAGAAUAUUUGUCUUCUGUCGCAUGGUUAAAAGUCUACGCAUUAUUAUUUUGGCGAUGAAAAACUAUUUUAGUUUUAAUGUCGAAUGUUUAUUAUUCCUGAAUUGUGAAAUGUUUAUUCAUUUUACGUUGUGAUCAUGUGAGUGCAAAAUUUUUUAUUAUUAAUAUCCAGUUUCGUUGACAGUUUGUCAAUUUAAGGGCAGCAGAAAUAAUUAUAGUGUUUCGUUCUGCAUAGUCCAAGAGCAGUAUUUUUUAGAUGUAAUCUUUAUUAUUAUGAACUUUUUUAUUAUUUUAACAUUUGAAAUUCGAUCGUUAGUUAAUUUCUAACAAUGAAAUAUUUAAUAAAGAAAUCACAAAAUUUUAAUUAGCCUUUGAUUUCGCAUUAUUUUGACUUUAGCCUAUGUAUAACCUUUAUUAUUAGUAGGUACCUAUUCCAGUGGAUUUGAAAAUUGGAUUUUUAUGACACAUGCAGUGGCGAUACCUUCAUAAAAGCUGAAAAGCCGGGGUUGCCUUAAAACUCAUUUGCACUACUAGGACUGCUAGUAAAUCGAAAUUAAUGUCAAUUAAUUUUCUUUGUCAUCAUUUGAAUAAACGGCAAAGAAUAGCAUAAUUGAUAGGCAGCCCAAUCGGCGGGGAUCUUUG